CCGAAAGAUUGAAAACACGGAAGAGCCCGUUAAAGGAUUCAUGCAGGAAAUACCCGGUUAUCCUCUGCCCUCUAAACUAGUUUAAACAGUUUGAAAAGGUCGUUCUUUCGAUCCGGAUAUUGAUUUUUCAUUGGCUUUCACAGUGACAGUUUAUUUAUGAUCCGGAACAAUGGCUGCAGUGUAGAUAAUAUUUAUGUAAACGAGCUAUUUUAGCCUCGUUGACGCUCUGAAAACAUUGAUUUAAGGCUCUUCUUCAGUUAAAAUGCCUGCUCGUAACGUUGUGUCCAACGGGCUUCCCAACAGUAAGGUCAGAUACUCCAGGUUAGCCUCUGAUGAUGACGGCUACAUCGACUUACAGUUCAAAAGGAGCCCACCCAAAGUCCCAUACAAAGCUAUAGCAUUAGCCACAGUCCUGUUCCUAAUCGGCUCCCUGUUAAUCAUCAUUGGCUCCCUUCUCCUGGCUGGAUAUUUUGGAGUCACUCAUUCAGACAGAACUGUGCCUGUCCUUAUCAUUGGGAUCCUUGUCUUCCUGCCUGGAAUUUACCACCUACGAAUUGCUUAUUAUGCAUCAAAAGGCUACCCAGGCUACUCUUACGAUGACAUCCCCGACUUCGAUGACUAACUUACCCUCAGCCACAGUCUUCCGUUAUACUUGUAAAUUGUGUGUACUCAUUUUAAAACAGAGAUAUCCUUAAAGAAAAUGAGGUUUAACAGUUUUGGAAAAUAUCUUGCAUCUAAUUUUUAUUGAUAUUGUUUGAUUUUUAUUCAAUGUAAAACUGCUGUCAUAGCCAAAUCAGUAUUAGACAUCGUUUUUGUAUGUCUCUUUGGUUAGCUUGUUAAAUAAAAACAACAGUAAUUUGAUCA